AUGGCCGGGGACCAGGGUGACAGUCUUCUGUGUGAGGAUGUGCAGCAACAAGAUGAGGAUCUGUCACCUGAAGAAAUAAUAUUUUUGAAAGAGUUUCCCAUCAUCAAGGAAGAGCUAGAAGUGGACAUCAAGAAGCUCCAUGCCCUUGCAGAUGACAUCAACACAACCCACAGAACAUUCACCAAGACCAACAUGUUGGCCACCUCCAUCACUGUGGUCUCAGACACCAUGGGCAUCCUGGGUCUGGUCCUCGCUCCAUCAACAGUAGGAGGAAGUCUGGUGCUCUCUGCUGUUGGUAAAGUUUUGGGGACAGCAGCCGGGUUCACCAGCAUCUUCACCGAUGUUAUGGAACACUUUCAAAAUCAAAAAGCCCAAACUCAAGCCAGCACCCUAGUGUCUACCCAUAACCAUGAGGUCGAGGAGCCUCAGGGAAAGACGGUCUUCUCUAUCAUGAGUGUCGGAAAGAAGGCCUAUGAUUGUGGAAGUAACAUCAGGGAUGUUAAGAGGAACAUCCAUGCCUUUCAGAUAGCCAGAGCCCACCCGCGUCUGGCCACUGCUGCCAAGCGUCUCCUGACCACUGGCCAAGUCUCGGCCCGAAGGAGCAUGCAGUUGCAAAGGGCCUUUAAGGGCACAGCAGUGCUGAUAAAGAAAAAUGCUCGCAUGCUGUGUAGUGCUAUGGCCGGCUUCUCCCUUUGCCAGGACGUGGUCACCCUCCUGACCGACUGGAAGCAACUGAAGGAAGGAGAAGGAAGCAAGAUGGCAGAAGAGCUGAGGGCCCACGCUCGGGAGCUAGAAAGGAAGCUGACAGAACUCACCCAGCUCUAUGAGAGCCUGCAGCAGCAGAAACUCUUCCAAGAGAAAAGGCCCAGGAGCUCAUCUUCGGGCGGAGCCACGGGGUCUCUGGCUUGA